AUGUGUGCCGCCUCCAUCCGAGGUGGAGAUUUCGACCCAGUUCACCUGAUGACUGACCCAGGUGCCCCGGGCCACUGGGACUACAAGACAUACCUGAUAAGCAACUUCGCUGGCAGGCUGACGGCAGAGGAUGAUGGCUUCCAGGACUCAGACUGUGACAGCCCUGAGCUGCAAGCACUGUUCAGGGUCUUCUUGCCUGACGAGCAUGGCUUCCGGCCACGCACCGUGGUCCUGCAUGGGGAGCCGGGUGCAGGCCAGGCCCUGCUGGUUCGCAGGCUCCUGCUGGGCUGGGCGCAGGGCGAGGCCCUCCAGGACCUCUUCUCUUACAUCUUCCUCCUGCAGGCCCAGGACCUGCGGGGGCCGGCAGAGAGCAGCCUCCUGAAGCUGCUGUCCAGGGCCUGGCCUGCCGCUCCAGGGGCCGCACAGGAUAUUGGGGCCUGGCCAGACAGGCUGCUGUUCGUGCUGGACAGUUUUGAUGACCUAGACUGGACCUCUGGGGACGAGGAGGGGGCCGUGUGCACGGACUGGGCAGCGUGGCAGCCUGUGGAGGUGCUGAUCCGCAGUUUGCUCCGGAAGGUGCUGCUGCCAGAGGCCUCGCUGCUCAUCACAGCCUCAGGCAACCUGGAGAUGCUCAAGGCCGUGCUGGUGGCCCCCCGCUACCUGUGGCUCGGGAGGCUCUCAGUGGAGCAGAGGCUGGACUGGCUCCUGCAACACAGCUACUCUGAGGCCCAGCAGAGGCAAACCCUACAGUGGGCCACCCACUGCCAACCAUUGCUGGAGAACUGCCAGGUCCCCGCUGUGAACCACCUCCUCCAGGAAGUCCUCCAUCUGCAACUGGCCACCCACAACUGCACGCUCACGGCCUUGUAUGCCACCUGGGUGUUUCAUCAUUUCUCACCAAUGGAAGUGGCAGCUGAGAUAAGGGACCACCUGAACCCCGUCUGGAGGUGCAUGCUGCAGGCCUUGUGCCGUCUGGCCCUGGAGGGUCUGAGGUUCCAGAAGUUGGUCUUCUCCCAAGACACACUGUACAAGCUCGGGCUGUGGAGCCCGCACCUCUCCUUUCUGGUCAACAGGCACUUCCUGCUGCCUCACCCACACCUGGCUGGUCACUUCCGCUUCCUGCACCCGAGCCUGCAGGAUUUCUUUGCGGCUUUGAGCCACAUGCUGCCUGAGGGGCAGACCUGCCCAAUGCUCCCCGAGCUCCUGAGCCUGCUGCCGCCCAGGCCUGGGGGUGCCUGCCAGUCGCCCAUGAACCUCUUCCUGUGUGGCCUCCUGAACCGGGGGGUGGCAGAGCUGCUGCAGGGCGUGCUGGGGUGUGUCGUGGCCCCCGAGACCAGACAGGCCCUGCUGCACGAGGUGGCCUGGCUGAGGGCCCACCCUGACCCCCAGGACCUUCUCUCCACCUUCUACUGCCUCUUUGAGACGCAGGAGCAGGAGCUGGUGCAGGAGGCGUGUGCCAGCGUGCGGACAGCCCGGGCGCUGCUCAGCUGCCCGAUGGACCUCCUGGUCCAUGCCUUCUGCCUGCCCUGCUGUGGCCACCUGCAGACCCUCCAGCUGUUUGUCGGGGGCAUCUUCCAGAAGGAUCACAGCCUUGAGAUGGGGCCCCUCCUGCCCCCCAGGGGAGAGCUUAUGCUGCUUGGCGUUGCUGCUGGGGCUGGCGCUGACCCGUCCACCACCUCUCCCCCCAGUUUCAGUGCCUCUGUCUUACCCAGAAGCGGGGCGGUUCAGGUGUGGCUGUCCCUGUGCCACUCAGGGAAGGCCGGGCCCGAGGCACUGCGGAGUCAGGCAGGUGCCCGGGGUGGCGGUGCUCAGCUCCAGACUCUGUCUCUCCCCCACAGGCUGCAGCCCCAGAGCCUAGUAAGGGAGAGCUGGCAGCAGCUGUGUGGGGUGCUUGGUGCACACCCCAGUCUGCAGCGGCUGGACCUCACGGGCAGCGUCCUGAGCCCCUGGGCUCUGAAGACACUGUGUGGACAGCUCCAGCGGCCGACCUGUGGCAUUCAGCACCUGACCUUCACAGAUGUGCAGAUCACACGGGGCCUGGACCCCCUCUGGCAUGUCCUGAUUGCCAACCCCAGACUCCGGCUCCUGCGCCUAGCCUGCAUAUCCCUCAGGCAUGAGGACGUGACCAUGGCCAACUGGUUCCAGGAUGCCGUUCUCUGCAGGCUAGAUGGCUGCUGGCUAGAAGACCCUGAGUUCUCUGUCAUCUCCCAAGUCCUGGCUGGGGCCACCUGCUUGCGAGUCCUCAGCUUGGCCAGAAACAAGGUCUCAAAGGGUGGCCUCAAAGCACUGUGCCAGGGCCUGCUGGCCCCGACCUGCACCCUGCAGAAGCUCGUGUGAGUGCCCCUCGCCCUGGGCCCCAUCCUGGUGUGGCCCCAAACCCCAACGGGUAACAGGGGAAGGAGUGGGGUCAUGGGAGGAUGCCCCCAGCUACAGGUCUCUAGAUAUCUCCAAGUGCCCUCCAUGCCAAUGCCAAAUGCGCAGAAGCCACAAGCAUCCCUGGGCCUCGCCAGGUUGCCCCUGAGCUGGGGGUGCUGCCUCAGGAUGAGGAUUCCCGUGGGAAUCUCCCACUCAGGUCCAUCGAGGUUCCUGCCCUCUGCCCCUUUACUGCUGGGGAGGAGUGUGCCCCCUUCCCACACACCCACAUGCACAGACAUACAGACAUGGGCCCAGACAUGGGCGGAGAUGCAUGCCAGAUGCAAGGCUAGAUGCACUUCCACACGCACAUGCACAUUCUUUCUGUCCCAGCGGGCGUGUCCGAGACUUGUGAACCUGCUGCUUGCGCCCCUCCCCAGCUGUGGGGAGCAGGGGGGCCACAGCAGGGGAGCAGGGGGGCCAGAGCAGACCCUCCUCAUGCCUUGGGGCUCCCUCUCCAGGCUGCGGAGCUGUGGCCUCUCUGCCAGGGCCUGCCAGGACCUGGCCACGGGCCUCAUCGGCAACCGCAGCCUGACGCACCUGGACCUGUCAGACAACCACCUGAGUAUGUGGGGCAUGAGGUUCCUGUACCCCUCCCUCAGCCAUUCGGCACCCAGCCAUGGUCUCCAGAGGCUGCUACUGAACCAGUGUGACCUGGACACGACUGCCUGCAGCUUCCUGGCCCUGGCACUCAUGCAUGACACAAGCCUGACACAUCUGAGCCUCAGCUCGAACCCGCUGGGCAACAGCAGCAUCUACCUCCUGUGUGUGGCCCUGCAGGAACCCACGUGCCACCUGCGGGAGCUGGAGCUUGUACAGUGUGAGCUCACGGCCACCUGCUGCUCCAGCCUGUCCUCAGUGAUUGCGAGGAGCCAGCACCUGAGCAGCCUGGAUCUUUCCCACAAUGCCCUGGGCCACGAGGGGCUGGUGGCACUCUGCGAGGGUCUCAAACAAAGCACCAGCUCACUCAUGAGACUCAGGUGGGCCAGGGCGCCGUGCUCGUGUUCUGGACUUUGUGCUUGGGACAGCCUGGGAGAGCAGCAUUCCUGCUGUCAGAGUUCGGUGUUUGGAGCAAACCAAAGUGGAUGGGGGCGCCUGGAUCCCAAACUCAGAACCAGGGUGUGCUUGGCCUGGUGCAGGGGUGCUGGGGCUGAGUCUUGCCUUGCUGCUCCUGAGGCAUUAAGAAGAAAACAGAGCAAGUCUUGGACUCUGGGUGGGCCCAGGCUGGAGGAGUGCGGCCUGACCUCGGACAGCAGCGAGACGCUCUCCACCACCCUCUCCCAAAACCGGAGCCUCCUCAGCCUCAGCCUGGCCGGCAACAGCUUCAGCCUCCCGGCUCUGAGGACGCUGUGUCAGGGGAUCGCACACCCAUCCUGUGCCCUGCGUGCCAUUGGACCUCACAUCUGCACAGGGCACACUUUGGGGCCCCUGUGUCUUAGGAUUGACACGGGGAAGGCAGCCUGCUCUGCCCAAGCUGUCCGCACAUUGGGGGGGGGGGGGCUGCAGGGAGAGGAAUGUUCUGAAACCUCCGGUGAUCUUGCUGCCUGCAGGCUGAAGCUAGGGCAGUUUUCAGCUGAGGUGCAGCAACUGGUGGCAGAGUUGCAGCAGGUGAAGCCAUCGGUAACUGUGGACAGCGACUGGGACGAGGAGCCUGGUGAAGACUGGGAUGAGGAGCCCAGUGAAGACUGGUUCUGGUGUCGGCAGUGAUUUGCACGGUCACUAACAGAGCCUCUGCCCUGUCCCUCUGCUCACAGAGCAUUCUUCCAUGGAGCAGAGGAACCCCAAUAAACUCUGAGCAUGUGGCACGUGUGCAGCUCUCCAGGGCUUGGGCCACCGUGCAGGAUAGGGGAAGAGGGUAGUGUGCCCAAGCAGUGACCCCAAGGGGCGGGGGAUGAUCCAGGGUCAAUAGCUGCAUGUGCAGAAGGUUCCUGGAAGCAGCAGCAGUGAUGCCAUGAAGCCUUGGUGACAUUAGUUAUAGGGGUCAUAUGGGUGAGUCAGGUACAGGGGUGCAUAGUGGCAGUCAAUGGAAGUCAUGCUGCCAGGGGUUCUUUCAUCCUUGGGGGCCAUGCCCAGCAGUGCUCUAGGGUACUCUCAGCUCUGUGCUUGGCGGGGGUCCUGCACAGCUGAGGAUGGACCCCAGUAUUUGUACUGCAUCCAGCUUGUUUCACUCAGUGCACCAUCAUCCCCUGCCCCCGCCUCCCGCCCAGUUCUAUCCAAGUUGCCAUAAACUGUGACUCCCGUGUCCAUGGUGCUCCUGGGGCCACUACCGCCAGCUGCUUAGUCCCUGGGUCACAGCUGCUCAGGCUGUCCUCUGCUGCUGGCCUUGGCGCUGCCCCCAUGUUGUAGCUACUGUACUAUGUUGCUGAAAUGAACAUAAAUACGCCUUUAUAUUUUGGGGGGGCACCUGGAGGUGCUUGGGGCCCACAUGCAAUGUGGAGGUCACAGCCACAGGCAGAGGCAGUGCCAAGUUCCAGCCCUCUCCAGCCCAUCUAAAUGUGUUUCUGGUGUUUGGGGGAUAAAUGCCCAGAAAGGGGAGAGUUGGCAGAUGUGGGAGCACUUGUGUUUUUCUUUUUGGGUUUUGGGCCCCACCUGGCAGAGCUCAGUCUACUCCUGGCUCUGCUCAGGGAACCCUCUGUGGUGCUGGGGUUGACCACAGGCCAGCAUCUCCCUGUCUCCUGCUCUCCAAUCCUCCAUCCUUUGCACCUGCUCAACUGUCUUUGGUGAAGGCUGGACUAGACUGUCUUGGCACAGGAAUGAGACCACCUUCACUUCAGGUCCCAUCUGUUCCACAGCCGGUGGCUUCAACUGUUCAGCUCUGGGGUCCAUGAAGCUGGCUGGAGGGCAUGGAUGCAUCAUCCCCUCACCCCCCUCCUGCCUCACUUUCCUGUCAGUGGGGGUGGAGGGGGGGAGAGAGAAACAGACAGAUGGAGGACCACCAGGCUCUGUCCUUGGUGCUGACAGCCUGGGCCAGUGCAGUGGGGCUGGUUGGGGACCAACCAGCCGCUCCCCAGUUGCAGUGCCAGCCAUGUGUGGUUCGGUGGAAGGCGAAGGGGUGGGUGCACAGCACACACCCUCACAGGGAUGAGACUAGCCCACUGGGCUGAGCAUAGGCUCAGCUGCAGGGCUCUUCGGCUCCAUCCUUCCUACUCUGGUCCCCGAACACCACCAAGAGGCUCCUGAAUACAGCUGGGGCAAUCCCACCCCUCACACACAUGUUUUACUGCUGCGGGUGGGGGAGGGGGCACCCCAGAAAGGAGCAGGAUCUGGGAGAGGUGGCAGCCGGGAGAAGGAAGAGAAUGCUUACCUCUUGGUCUCGGGGGAUACUUUCGAGACUGGUGAGCAUCCUCUCUGAGCCCUGUACAGCACAGGCCUCCCGUCUCAGCAGCUCAGGAGGUGGCCGUCAAAUG